ACGCGUCGUCAAACCGACGUUUAAUAAACCGACAUCUGUUUCCACAACAAAAUCACAAAUAUCCAAGUACAGCCAGAACAACUUUAGCUCCCAAAUCCUGCGUGCAUCUGAAAGUAAAUAAUCACCAAGUAAAUCACCAGUAACCGAAAAUGACGGACCGUAAGGCAGUGAUCAAGAAUGCGGACAUGAGUGAGGACAUGCAGCAGGACGCGGUCGACUGCGCCACCCAGGCGAUCGAGAAGUUCAACAUCGAAAAGGAUAUCGCGGCGUACGUCAAGAAGGAGUUCGACAAAAAAUACAACCCGACCUGGCACUGCAUCGUAGGUAGAAACUUCGGCUCGUACGUCACUCACGAGACACGUCACUUCAUCUACUUCUAUCUUGGACAAGUCGCUAUACUCCUGUUCAAGAGCGGAUGAGCCGGCCCCCAAUUUUUAACAUACCCGAUUGCUCUUAUCGAUUUUUAACAAUUUUCAUUCAAUAAAGAUUAUGUAGAUGCUUGAA